AUGGAUAUCCAUCGCUGCCGAUUCGUGCCCUAUAACCCGCAGGCGAUCAACUCCCUGGCGUUCUCGCAUCCCCCCUCCGCCGACCUCAAGGGCCGUGGUAUCCCGACGCUCCGCCUGGCAGUCGGUCGCGCAAAUGGUGACAUCGAGAUCUGGAACCCCAUGCGCGGCGCCUGGUUCCAAGAGACAGUGCUCCGUGGCGGCAAGGACAGAAGCAUCGAGGGCCUAGCCUGGACGCAGGAUCCGGCCGAGCCCGGCCCCGACGAGAAGACCCAGCUGCCGGGCCGUCUGCGCCUCUUCAGCAUCGGGUACUCGACGGCCGUGACGGAGUGGGAUCUCGAGCAGGGCCGUCCCGUGCGCAACUCCAGCGGCAACUACGGCGAGAUCUGGUGUCUGGCCGCCCAGCCGCGCUGGCAGGCCCCUGCCUCGGGCUCCCGUGGCAAGGAUGGCAAGCAGCUGCCCGCCGCCGCGGAGGGUCAAUACACGGGUCAGCACCUGGCGGCUGGCUGCGCUGACGGGUCGAUCGUGAUCUUGUCGACGGCGGAUAAUGACCUUCGAUUCCUGCGUUUGAUGCGUCCGUCGACGAAGCGCUCGCGUGUCCUCAGCGUUACCUUCCAGGACCGUAACACGAUCGUUGCCGGCUACGCCGACAGCUCCAUUCGUCUGUUUGAUAUUCGUAAUGGUCAGCUGCUGCGCACGAUCUCGUUGGGCCGUGGCCCUGCUGGUGGCUCCAAGGAGCUGCUGGUCUGGUCGGUCAAGUGUCUCCCUGACGGGACGAUCGUGUCCGGUGACUCGGCUGGCGAGAUCCGCUUCUGGGACGCGAAGAACUACUCGCUUAUCCAGCGGCUGCAGGGCCAUCUGGCAGAUACGCUGGAUGUUGCUGUGAGUGCGAACGGAGAUACGGUCAUCAGUGGCGGUGCGGACCAGAGGACCGUCGUCUACAGGAAGAACGACGGGGACAAGGGCGACAAGAAGAGCAGAUGGGCUGAGGUCAUGCACCGUCGGUAUCACACCCACGACGUGAAGACUUUUGCCGUCUACGAGACGAGAGACAUCAGUGUUGUCGUGUCUGGAGGCCCCGACGCCACCCCCGUUAUCCUGCCCCUCCGUGAAUUCGGAAAGGAACACCACCGGGCGUUGUCGACCCUCCCUCAGGUUUCUCAACUGGCCUCUGCCCCCUCGUCGAGACUUGUCAUGAGCUUCUGGGACCGAGAGGUCAGCAUCUGGCGCAUGUCUCGUGGGCCUGGGUCGGUGCACGAGUCUGUCGACGGCCCGAAGCAUCGUCUUGUCGGGAAGGUUCUGAUUCAGGGCGAAGAGAACAUCACAUCGGCCAUGCUAUCCUCGGACGGAAAGAUCCUCGUCGUCGCCACGAUAUCCAGCGUCAAGGUCUUCAGCGUACGACGACGCAAAGGCGACGAGAAGGGCACACUGCGGAUACAGAAGCUGGAGGCCCCAGCCGCACUGGCAGACGACGGCGCCCGCGUCGUGACGGUCUCCCCCGACAGCCGCUGGGUCUGCGUCGUGCGGCCCAACAGCGCCGUCUACACCGCGCGAAUCAAGCCGGCGUCCUCGCCGCAGGACAAGCCCCAGAUCCUGUCGCAGCUCGUCAAACUCAACCGCGCGCCCCGUCGGUCACGCCACGAAAAGGCCUCCCACGGCACCCUAGGCGAAUACGAGCGGACCAUCCGCUGCGCCGUCUUCUCCGAGGACAGCCGCGUCCUCGCCACAGGCGACCUCUCCGGCUGCGUCGACACCUGGACCCUGGAGAACGCGACCGAAGCGUCCAAACCCACCACCACCACCGACUCCGACUCCGACUCCGAAUCCGAAGACGACUCCUCCCCAACCCUCGAAGGCGAACGCUGGCGCAUGGCCGCCUCCGACCCGCCCAUCCCGCGCCUCACCUCCGGCAUCGCGGUCCUGUCCUUCCGCCCGUCCAACCCGGCCACAGCGACCUCCACCCCGCGCCUAAUGGCCAUCACAAGCGAGCACCAGCUCGUCGAGUUCGACGCCCUCUCCGGCAAGCUCUCCGACUGGUCCCGCCGCAACCCCAAAGCCUACCUCCCGCAGCAAUUCCGCGGCGUCAAAGACCGCGUCAUGGGCUGCCUCUGGGACCUGACCGCCGAGCGCGAACGCCUCUGGCUCUUCGGCUCCUCCUGGCUCUGGAUGUUCGACCUCAACCAGGACUUCCCUUCCCCCGAGGAACUAACCGCCGCGUCAGACGACGCCAAGCAAACCGCCCUCGUCGAAGCCUCCUCCUCAGCCAACAAGCGCAAGCGCGAAGACGACGACGCCGCAGCAGCAAGACGCAAGAAACCCAACAGCGGCGCAGGCGACCGCAUCCCGGAUUCCGAAGAGAUCUACCUCUCCCGGUUCCGCAAGACAGUCGUCGGUGCGGACGAGUCCCACUCGGAGUGGGUGUCUCUCGAGGGUGGCAACAACAACAACAACAACACUUCUUCCAAAAAGGAUAACGAAGACGACGACGAAGAUGAGGACAACACCGCCGCGCACGAAGCCCGUCUCGCGCGUCUCCGCCGUGCUGACCCUUCCACGUCCACCUCAACCUCUACCCCCCAGAAGAAAAAAUCAAAGCACCUCCUCACCGAAGCCGCGCUUGACUCAACCCCGCUCAAACAGCAGGUCCAGCUCUCGCAGACGCAACAGGACCAGGGCACCCGCCGCUGGUGGCACACCUACAAGUACCGUGACGUGCUAGGCAUUGUACCUCUCGGUGGAGCCUCCUCUUCCUCCUCCGACUCUGACUCCGACGCCGACGCCGACGUCAAAGAAGUAAAAGAAAACGGCGAAGAAAGCGGCGCACCCAACACCCUCGAAGUAGCCAUCAUCGAGCGGCCGAUGUGGGAUGUGGAGUUGCCGGGGCGGUAUGUGCGGGACUAUGAAUGAUUUUGAUUUGAUUAAUACAUAGAUGGAUAUCGUUUCUUUCUUUUCUUUUCAUUUUUUUUUUUCUUGCAUAUCUUUUUGUUGUCUUUGUUUGUUGGUUUUGUUUUCUUUUUUUCUUUAUUCAUUUCUUUUUGGUGGGAUGAUCGUGGAUGUAACUAACUAACUACCUAUCACCUAUCUAUCUACCUACCUACCUACCUACCUACGUCCUUACCCUGAGCUGUCUUGCUUGCUGGCUAUCUUACAGUACGGUAGUACAUUAUCAAUCUGAUAGGCAGGCAGGCAGGCAGGUGGGCAGGUAGACAGGCAAGUAGGUAGGUAGCCUGACUAUGGGUAUAGUGAGUUGGUGUGGAGAGAAUAAAUGUAC